AUGUCUGCUUCGACUAAUAAAUCAAUUAAUCCAAAGGAAGAUUUAAAAAAAGAAUUUCUUAUGUUUGAUACAAACAAGGAUGGAUUUAUUGAUAAAAAUGAAUUAAAAAUAGUUUUACAAAAAAUUUUACCAAAAUUUCAAUUACCCGAUGAAGAAAUUCAACGUAUGAUUUCAAAUGUUGAUCGAAACAAUGAUGGAAAAAUUGAUUAUAAUGAAUUUAUGGAAUCAAUCUAUCCACAAUUACCACCAAGCUAA